AUGGGCUUUUUCGACCACCUCCAGAAAGGAGGGGCUUUUUCGCUACAGGCGAAGAAGACUCAGGUUCGCAAGGUCGUUCAAACGAAACCGGCUGCCCCAACAAGACCUCCCGCACAAACUCCCGAUUCACGAUCUCCUCGAGUCCAGUCCUCGUCAGAACGGAGCCGCAAGACGCACGCGCUCAAAGCCCGAUCGGUUUCGAGUGAUGUCGACGCCCGCCUCUCCAAGCGGCUGACAACCCCCAGUCGCACACGGAAACGACCGACUCCUGAGACGCGGCUCUCUAGCGACGACGACGACGAUGUCAGUGACAGUGAUACUUCCUUCGAGGUGCGCAAGCGCGCUCGCACAAGCGCCAGCGCGGAGCCCGAUCCAGAGCGGCGUAUUCGUUCCGUAAAGGCCUUUUCAGAUGAAGGAAGCCGGCCUUUCAAAAUGGUACACGCUGCCGACAUUACAUCUGGUCAGAAGGCUGGUAAAUUCAAGCCGGCCUUUGGCGCAGCGAGCAAGCCGAAGGAAAUUCUUCUACAGUAUCCCAGUGCUUCACAAAAAGAAAGAUUCGACUCCAUGGUACCCAAAGACAACGAUGAUUUCCGGCCCAUCGACGAUAUUGUCCAAGUGAUCGAGACUGUGGUCGACAAUUACAUCCCGAGCGAAGAGGCCGAAGAAUUUCUUGACGAAACUACUGGCAUCAGGCGGAGGCUGCGCCGGGCGUUGGCCGUGACGUCGGAGACACAGUUCCGUGAGGCUGUGGAUGAUUAUAACAUGGCGGUCGAGCGGUUGAGGCUUAGCGGAAGCCUCACGAAGACUUUGGAUGCGACUCAGCGUAUUAAUCUACCAUGGGUAGAGCGAAUUCUCAACCAGACCUAUGCCCGCACGGUAUCCCCUCGAGUUGAGUCUUUGCGGCAAUACGAGAAUGGCACGGAUAACGUCUAUGGUGAACUUCUCCCUCGAUUCAUCAGCAACAUCUUCAAGGAAACGAAGUUGAAGUCGGGUCAAGUGUUUGUCGACCUUGGCUCCGGUGUUGGCAACGUUGUCCUGCAAGCCGCACUUGAAAUCGGCUGUGAGAGUUGGGGUUGUGAGAUGAUGGCCAAUGCAUGUGAUUUGGCCGAGUUGCAACAGGCCGAGUUCAAGGCCCGUUGCCGACUUUGGGGAAUCGCACCUGGCAAGACACAUCUUGUUCGAGGCGACUUCCUCGAGCAGGAGAGCAUCGUCAAUGUGCUGAAGCGGGCCGACGUGGUGCUUAUCAAUAACCAGGCAUUUACGCCUCAGCUCAACAAUGAGUUGAUCAACCAUUUCCUCGAUAUGAAGGAGGGAUGCAAGAUCGUCUCACUGAAGUCUUUUGUCCCUGCCGGCCACAAGAUUCAGUCUCGUAACCUUAACUCUCCUAUCAACCUCCUGAAAGUCCAGCAAAAGAACUAUUGGUCUAAUAGCGUUAGCUGGACCGACGUUGGAGGCACAUACUUUAUUGCCACCAAGGAUAGUUCACGCUUGAAGGCUUUCAUGGACGACUCUUUUUGA